UGAAUGCUGGGUAGCGCCAUCUUGUUUACAAAGUGUAAUCGCCUACCGACGGAGAAUGUGAUUGAAUUUUUUAGCCGUAUGUUUCUUUUUUAUGGGACCGUUUAGCUUUCCUAAUCAAAUUGUCUUGGUUUCGUAAAACUGAUUUAUUGAUUGACCGGCUAAGUGCAAUAUUCAUUUAAAUAAGAAAAUGUCAUCAACAAAGAGGAAACAAAUCAAAGUCAAGGCUGUUGCGCCGAAGCUAAAAUUAUUCAGAGCUAAUGAACCUCUUCUGAGUGUGUUGAUGUGGGGUGUAAAUCACACGGUUAAUGAGCUGAACCAUGUCAAUUUAAGGGUCAUGUUGAUGCCAGAUGAUUUUAAAUCUUACAGUAAAAUCAGGGUGGAUAAUCAUAUGUAUAACAAAGAUAAUAUGCCAAGCAGAUUCAAAGUAAAAGAGUACUGUCCCAUUGUGUUCAGAAAUCUACGAGAAAGGUUCGGAUUAGAUGAUGUGGACUAUAUGAAUUCCUUGUCGAAGCAGCAGCCAAUGUCAUGUGAUUCACCUGGAAGAAGUGGCGCCCGCAUGUUAGUCUCUCGUGACAAGAAAUUCUUUAUAAAGACUCUGGUCUCAGAAGAAGUAGAAAUGAUGCAUCACCUCCUUAAACAAUAUCAUCAGUAUAUUGUAGAAUGCCAUGCUCAAACAUUAUUACCCCAGUACCUAGCCAUGUAUAGGAUUACAGUCAAUGAUGUGGAAACCUAUGUUGUUGUUAUGCGCAAUGUGUUCAGCCCUCGUCUCUCAAUACAUAAAAAAUAUGACCUUAAGGGAUCAACUGUAGACAGAAAAGCUAGUGAAAAAGAAAGGUUAAAAACCUUACCCACGUUUAAAGAUAAUGAUUUCCUUAAUGAUGGUGCUAAAAUUCAUAUUGGACCAGAAGAGAAGAAGAAGUUGUUAGAGACCUUGCAAAGUGAUGUAGAUUUUUUAAGUAGCCUUCACUUGAUGGACUAUAGUCUUAUAGUAGGCAUCCAUGAUAGGGAUCAGGAAGAUGAGUCUGGGAUCAACUUUGCCAUGCCUUCUGGUGCUGAUGAAGAGGAACAAGAAGAGGAUGAUGUGGAAGCUGGUGGUUCAAUAGCUGGAGGUGGAGACCAGGGAGAAUACGAGGAUGAUCCAGAUGGGGCUCCUAGUCCUCCAGACUCACCCCAGCCUGUCACUCCAAUGCCUCAGUUCCUAGGAGAGUUAGACCCUGAUCUAGAACGUUAUGGUGUUCUUAGCAGUGAAGAAAGUGGAAAACGUGAAGUCUACUUCAUGGCCUUAAUAGAUAUCCUGACCAAGUAUGGCAUGAAGAAGCGCACUGCCCAGGCAGCUAAAACAGUCAAACACGGCGCAGGUGCUGAAAUUUCAACCGUACACCCAGAACAGUAUGCAAAAAGAUUCAUGGACUUCAUCAGCAAGUGUGUGGAGUGAAAUCCUGAGCCACUGAUGUCUGUCUGUGUGUGUGUGUGUUGUUCUAGUCAACCACGUCAGCACUUGUUACACAAUUCAUAGCUGGUCACAUCUUAGUGGUGCCACUCUAAUGAUUGCAUUUUGUGGGGGUAGGCUCUAGUUUUUAACACUAACUACAUUUCACACCAUGCUUCUAAAGCUCCUUAUAAUGUAAAGCAUAAAAAAAGGGCUUUAAUUUAUUCAGUUGACCGUACGUGGGAUUCUAAAAAAAGUUCAAUCCAAAAUGUAUCGUGCAUGCAUGAAAAUACUCUUCUCAUUCUUUACACUACACUAAUGUUAUUUUCAGCUCACAGCACAGUAUCAUGUAUUGUUUUUGCUUCUAUCCCCCACAUUAUAAAGAAUCAGUAUUAGUACAUUUGUCAGUACAAGCAAUGCAGAUUGUAUGCCUCUAGGUAUAUUAUAUUAGAUCUAAUUUGUAUUACCUUAAAAAAUGAAUGUUUUCAGGUGUAAACUUAUUUAUUUCUAUAUAUCCUAACAGCUAAUUUUUGUUUCAUCAGCUCCCACUUAAGAGAAAGUUAUUUGCCUAUUUGCAAUAGAAAGUAUCACAUUUUUUUAUAUGUAUGAAUGUUCUUGAUAAUGUAUAAUCCAAUAUAACCAUACAUGAUUUUUUUGUAAUGACAAUUUUUUUUUCAAACAUUUUUUCUUGCAAUUUAGACUUAGCCAUAAUCUUUGUAGUUUUAAUUUCAUUACACAAAUGAUUGCCUCCUUUAUGGGAAUUUAUAAAGAUAUUUUUUUUCAAUGAAUUUAUUUAAACACUCAGAAAGAAUUAAAAUAAUUUGCAUACACCACCGGAACAGCAUAAAUUGGCCAUAAACAAUGCAUCAAAAUAAAAUGGCAAUACUUGUUGCUUUAAAUUUAAAGUAUUGAAGGAAGAUGUGUCUAAUUGGUAGGAUUAUUAGAAUUGUUGAGCACUUGUAGUGUUGGAAAAGCUAUAGUUUCUUUGUUUUUAUUAAUGAGAGCAAUUGUAUAUGUUAGACACGUGCACAACCAAGUGACCACUGCCACAUCAAGGAUAUGUGCAUGUUUGAUACAGUGUAUAGUUUCUUAUGUCUAAAGCUAUCCAUUGGACUGUCUGGUGUUUUAUAAUCUUGACCACCUUGUGUCAGAUGGGGGAAAUCAGAGCUGGGCUUGUCUCUAGCCUGUUAUAGAUCACUGGUUUGACCAGUGUCCAGUGACUUGACCACCCUGUGUCCAGUUGACCACUAGACUGUCCAGUAACUUGACAAGUGCCCAGUGGCUUUACCACCCUGUGUACAGUGACUUGACCACCCUGUGUCCUAUAGACCACUAGACUGUCCAGCGACUUGACCACCCUGUGUCCUAUAGACCACUAGACUGUUCAGUGACUUGACCACCCUGUGUCCAGUUGACCACUAGACUGUCCAGUAACUUGACCACCCUGUGUCCUAUAGACCACUAGACUGUCCAGUGGCUUGACCACCCUGUGUCCAGUUGACCACUAGACUGUCCAGUAACUUGACCACCCUGUGUCCUAUAGACCACUAGACUGUCCAGUGGCUUGACCACCUGUGUCCAGUUGACCACUAGACUAUCCAGUGACUUGACCACCCUGUGUCCAGUUGACCACUAGACUGUCCAGUGACUUGACCACCCUGUGUCCAGUUGACCACUAGACUGUCCAGUGACUUGACCACCCUGUGUCCUAUAGACCACUAGACUGUCCAGUGGCUUGACCACCCUGUGUCCAGUUGACCACUAGACUGUCCAGUGACUUGACCACCCUGUGUCCUAUAGACCACUAGAUUGUCCAGUGACUUGAC